AUGCUCCUACCGGUUGCGGAGGAUGAGUUUCCUCACCUCUGGCAAAGACCCAGUUAUGAGGUGCUUCUUGCACGGCUGCAAAAGCUCCGAGUGGAACCCCGGGUUUGGGGCCUUCGUGAUUCGCGCGCCGAGAUCCUGAAGGACCAGGCCGCCACUGCUCACGACAAGCGAGAGAUCAUCUCAUUUUUAUCGACGAUCAUAUCUAGUAGUUUAGGAUGGCUUGGGGACGACGACGAGAGAGAAGUUAUAUGGGAAGAAGCUAGCAAGCGCAUGUCGGAGCGGUGUGGUCGGACAGCGAUGGGCGAAAUCACAAGGUGUUGGCCCUUCUCAAGCCGAGACUAUGGCGCCUUCGACCUCACGAUCCGAGAGCCACCCCUGGUUGGAGACUCGCUGGGUCUCAAGACGUGGGGUUCGUCGUACGCUCUCGCCCAACUUCUCCAAGAUAUCGCUGCCCGGUGCCUGACACACCUAUUUGUCCUUGGCGCCAUGUCAUCAUCACAUGAAGUCCUUGAGCUUGGGUCUGGCACAGGGCUUCUUGGUCUCGCAGCAGCCUGCACCUGGCGAACUAGCGUUGUGCUGACGGACUUGCCCGAGAUCAUCCCUAAUCUGGCGUACAAUGUGUCUCUCAACCAGAAGGUUGUGGAGGACCGAGGUGGCAAGGUCGAGGCCACUCCGUUAACAUGGGGUAGUGGCAGGGAAGGUACCGCCGCGAUGUUCCGGGAGCUGAAUCGUUACAAGCUCAUCAUCGUCGCGGAUCCCUUGUAUGACGACGAUCACCCAGACCUGCUCAGCGCCGCACUCGACGAACAGCUUUCUAAGUGCUCGGAUGCAAGGGCUCUUAUCAUGGUACCACAAAGGGAUGAGAUCACCCAAGGUCUUCUCAAUACUUUACGGGACAGCUUAGCUAGAAGCCAGAACCCUCUGGUCUGCCUAGAGGAGAACGUUGUGGCUGGCCAAGAUGACUGGGGCGAUGAUGAUAACAGCAGCGAGACCUCGAACAUCGGAUUCUGGUGGGGAGUUUUUGGGCGAGGUAGGGCUUAG